AUGCCGUUCCUGUGGCCGUCGCACAAGGUCCUGUGCGGGCGCGACCCGGACAUGUUCUACCUCCCGGACCUCAGCACCGCCGACGUCGCUCGUCUCGAGAGCUUCAAGAACGAGUUCUUCGCCGACUACGACGAGACCUUUGCCGACUUUGUGUCCACCCACUUGGGCUUGCCGUGGCCGGCUUUCCUCGUCACCCACACCGCUAUCGACCCGGAUGCAGACGACAGCACUCCUGCGCUUCUCGGCUGCCGCAACCUCAACCUCGUUCUCGCUCGGAAGCACCUGUACCAGGUCGCGCGCGCUCGAGACCCGAGCCUGCGCAUCGUCGACCUGCCAAUCUGGGACCCGUUCUCCGACGUCGCCGAGGGCUACGUCGACCGGUGCGUCAGCCUGCAGGCCGACGAGGCGGCGCCGAGGUGGGACCCGGCCGACCCGUGGCGAGCGCUCAACGCCGUCCUGCGGCAGGACCUCGUGCGUCACACGCUCUUCCUCAAGCAGCGCGAGUGCCAGCCCGACAUCUCGCAGAAGGAGGUCGGCCGCCUCUCGAUCCUGUCGUUCGAGCGCGCGGCCGUCGAAGCUCGUCGAGCACCCGUGCCGCAAGUGGCCAAGGACGAGAUCGUGGGCGCCUUUGAGGAAUGCGUCGAGAACUCGAUCGUGAUCACGCAGAGCUUUGGCGUGCCGUGACUGAGGCGCGAGGAGGAGGCGUGCGGUACUGCGACUCGUGGCUGGAGCGAGGACGGUCGGUGCUCGAGGUCGGCGGUAGCUUAUCGUACACGGCCCACUCGACUCAUGUCGCCGCCACAUCCCUCUCUCUCCUCCUCGCCGUCCUCGCGCUCGCCCCCCUUUCUUCGUCCUCCCCCUCCCGUCGUCGUCUCGAGAUGGUCGCCGUCGAGCAAUAGAGACAGGAGUACCUCCCG